AUGGAUAAAGAAAAAAAUGAUAAAUCUAAUGUACCUGUAUCAACGAAAACAACAUUUACAUCAUCUAUUGUUGACUUUACAACCAAAUUUUCAAAGGAAAUCAAAGAGUUAAUAUCACAUAUCGAUCGUGUACAUCAGCAAUUCCGUGCUGCGAAAGAAGUGAGGCAGAUAGCGAUGGAACAGGAAGAUACAAUUACAAUACAUUUGGACUGGUCCGAAAACUUUAAACUGAAGCAAGCACGUCGAGAAAAAGCAUCAUAUUAUUACGAGCAUCACAUAUCAAUCUUAAGUGGUUAUGUAUGGAAGAAAAAUGAUUGCUUUAGUUUUGGUUCUAUAUCGGAUGAUACUAACCACAUGUUUGAAGCUACUUGGGCUGCUUUACAGCCUUUGCUAGACUUAUUCAAGAAUGACGUGAACACAAAAAUAACAAAUUUAAUUUUUAUAUCUGACUCACCGGUGUCUCAGUAUCGCAACAAAACCGCCUUCUAUUGCUUAAAAAAAUAUGCUACUGAUCAUCAUAUGACAAUGAAAUGGAUUUAUCUCGCAGCUGGUCAUGGUAAAGGCGUGGCGGAUGGCGUUAGCGCUGCUAUCAAGAAAAAGAUGGAUGACGCUGUCACUUUUCAUCCCGAUGAAGGAUUUAAUAAUGUUCUCGAUCUGUUUAAUGUCAUUAAAGAUAAGACAAACAUCAAACAUUCCACUUACAAAACAGAAGACAUUGAUUUUGUGGCAAAAAUUAUACCAACGUUAACAGCUGUAAAAGGAACUGCAACUCUUCAUCAAGUAACAGUCAAAAUAGAUGGAGAAUUAUAUGGAAAAGAUACUUCUUUUAGUCGUGAACGAUUGCUGUGA